AUGAGACUAACAAAAUACAAAGUGUUUGUGUGUGCGUGUGUGUUGGUGUGUGUGUAUUACUUUUUCGGCGUCGGCGACUAUUUAUACUCGAAGAGUUUCGACAAUGAAUUCGACUACCCCCUAAAUGUCGAUUUGAAACCGAUCGUACGCGAUGUGUUAUCAGGAAGGAAGCCUAGAAUCGCACCAAUAAAUUAUUACCCCUACAGAUUCCUAAGCAAUUCCGGUAAAUGCAAUACAAUAGAGAAGUUAGAUUUGUUCAUCAUUGUAAAAUCCGCAAUGCACCAAUUCGGCCACCGGUCCGCGAUCAGACAGACGUACGGACAGGAGAAUCUGAUACCUGGAAGGAUAAUCAAGACUCUAUUCUUCCUGGGCAUAGACAACAAUCCCAAAUCCGAUAUUCAGAAGCGUAUAGAUCAGGAAAUGGCUCAAUAUAAGGACAUAAUACAAAUAGAUUUUCAUGACAAUUAUUACAAUAAUACCAUAAAAACGAUGAUGUCCUUUCGAUGGCUGUACGAGCAUUGUUCUACGGCCGACUUUUAUCUAUUCACGGACGACGAUAUGUAUAUAUCUCUUAAUAAUUUAUUAGACUACGUACACGAUCAAACUGUAAAGAACAAUUGGGAGAGAGACAGUGCUACGUCAACAGUGGGCGAAGACAAGGACAACCACUUGUUUGCUGGCUACGUCUUUAAGUCGGCGCCUCAAAGGUUUAAAACUAGCAAAUGGAGGGUAUCUUUGGAAGAGUAUCCGUGGAAUAAAUGGCCGCCGUAUGUCACGGCCGGAGCUUAUGUUGUCUCCAACAAAUCCAUGAAGGUUUUAUAUGUGGGCAGUUUAUUCGUGAAGCACUUCAGGUUUGACGAUAUAUAUUUGGGUAUUGUCGCGAAAAAAGUAGGCAUAGUACCGAAGCACUGUGACCAGUUUCACUUUUACAAGAAAAAGUACAGCAAAGCGGAUUACGCAGACGUCAUAGCGUCUCAUGGUUAUGAUGACCAUGAUGAACUAAUUCGAGUUUGGACUGAACAGAAUAAAGUAGUUUAAUUUUUUGAUGGCUUAACUUUGUAGCAGUUGCUGUGGUGUAUAAAAGGAGGGGGGGGGGGGGUCUGUGCUACCUGCCUGCGGAACUUUCAGGACAAGGACACAUCUAAGAGUACAUAUACGUCUUUUUAUGGGGCCAGCUCUCCUCUCCCCCCUCCUCCAAGGAGAUUGUUAGUAAUAAGGUCUAACAGCCUAGCUUGGAAACAGUCAAUAUUAAUUCUCGUCGAAUUCGUCAUGGUAGGGCAACUUACCUGCAUUCAUCUUCACAUAUCAUAUCUCACUUCACUGGUGCCCCGCCAGUGUAUACCGGUAGUGAAGGCGGGAUUACCACUCCAUUUCCAUCCAUUAAUCCAUUAAAAAAAAAACCCCCUCCCCCCCAUCUUAAAUACGCCAAUGUAUAUCCCUAGCACACGAUUCAAACCGAAGAUUCUAUUUUGUACUUGUUUUUUUUUUUUUAUAUUGUUCUCUGACAAAUAAUAUUAAUAUAGUGUACUUUUAUUGUGUACCUUUAUAGUGUUUUUUUUUUUAAAAAACAUACAAACACAUGUACUUUGUUGGUUAAAUCCGGCAUGAGAGUCAUGGGCACGAUAAUCUUUGCCAGUCAGAUAAAUUCGACUGCAAAUAAGUGCUGGAUAAAAUAGAAUUUGGUACACUAUAGAUAAUGUUUUUU